AUGGAAGAAAGUCUCUUAGAAUCGGAUACGCUUUCAAAAAGAUCUGUGUUUGCUUAUAGUGUUGGCCAUGUUCUAAAUGAUCUGACUGGAUCAAUGUGGUUGUCAUACCUAAUUAUAUUUUAUUAUCGUGUUGUGAAUUUUUCAAAUGCAUCUGCGGGUUAUUUACUUUUCAUUGGACAGAUAGCUGAUGCUAUAUCAACAGUAUUUGUCGGUUGGGGAUCUGAUCGUACACGAACUGGUCUAUGCCAUUAUGGAAGACGAAAAACUUGGCAUCUUAUUGGUGUUAUUUGUGUACUUAUUUCUUUUCCGUUUUGUUUUAAUUUAUGUAUUGGAUGUAAAGAUAGUCAUUUAUGGGUACAAUUUAUUUAUUAUGCACUGUUUAUUAUUAUUUUUCAAUUUGGUUGGGCAUGUUCACAAAUUACACAUUUAGCAAUGAUCAAUGAUUUAACACAUAAAGAUGGUGAACGUGUUGCACUUAACUCAUACCGU